AUGGACGACGAGACUGCCGAAAUUGAACUUCUCGAGCAAAACCUGAACAAGACACGGCAGAUAUCUCAGCGAAUGACUUCGAUUCUCUCCAGCUUCGAUACAAGGCUCGUCAAGCUUGAGAAGACCAUCUUGCCGCUCUACAACUCGACACAGGUUCUGACCCGUAGAGCCAACAAUAUUGAGGCUGCGUUACAGAAGAUCGACGAAGUCGCAAGUAAUCAAGAGGGUAUUGCGGCUGAGGAAGCACUGAUUCUGCGCGGUCCUCAACCCGGCCAACUAGAAGCCUACACAGAUGUUUUAGAGCGUCUCAACGCGGGUAUCGCUUUCAAGUCUCUUGACAGGGACGUCCGAGACACCGCGCGACUCGUAGAGACCGGGGCCAAGAAGCUCACCCAGCUGUAUACGAAGAUCGUCGCAGAAGGAUCGUCUGGGGCACCGCCGAACGGACCAGACUUCGAGCUCUCGCCGUUCCCGCCGUCCCUCAAACCCAGCCUUGUCCCCGUCGUCACCUUCCUGCGCCGGCUUCCCCUUCCUGCAACUCACCCGUCACAUCCUGCUGCGCCUGCUAUUCAGUCAACUCUGAGGGAGGCCCAAAAAGGAUACGCGGAUAUGCGCGGGUCGUGGGGCAAGAAGUGCCUGGAGAACUACGCCCGGCGUGUGGUGGAUCGGGCAGAGACCAUAGACGGCGUCGCUUCAGGCAGAGAGUUCGGGGCUUGGGUAGCGAACCUGUUGUCUGUUGCGGAGGAAGAGUACGAACUCCUGUUGGAACUUGCGCCUCUGUCGACACAAUCGCUUCUCACCACAACGUUCACAGCCCUUAUCGCCCCUCUCAUCAGCCUCUUCACGACGACCCUUUCCUCGCUGGGUGCGCUGAUCAAACGUUCUCUGCACAAAUACACCUUCCUGGCACUUUCUGCGUACGCCAGCCUGUCGUCGCUGCAAGCCCAAUGGGACGACAUCAUGUGCAAGCGGUCGGGGCGGAAGGAGAACGAGCUCAAGGACGGCUUGCAUUCUAUACGCGCUGCGUGCCUGCGCAGCUUUCCAGAGUUCUUGGCUGACCUGCGUGCCGCCGCUCUGGGCAGGGGCGGCGAGCUCAGCACCGGAUUGGCCGACUUCACGCAUUCGAUGGUACAAUACGUCGAGCGGUUACCAGAGGUCAGGGAAGCUGUAGCGACGGCCUUGUUGACUUUGGGAGAUGGUAACUGGAAAAUGGGCGAAGGCGUGCAAGUGGGCAAGGCGCCAAAGACGGCUGAGGUCGACGGACGGACUGUGCUUGAGCACUAUACAUUCGAUGUGGUGAAUACUGUCCUUGGCAGCAUCACAACACUAUCGCGGACGAACAAGCGGCCAGCAUUCGGCUCCAUCUUCUUGCUGAACAACGUCUCUUACAUCAGGACCAAGCUCCUCAUCCAGCCACACUCGGACGUAUCAUCGUUGCUGUCGAAGCCGACGCAAGACGUGCUGCAGUCGACGUUCCGCACCGCCAAAGCGGCCUACUUCGACUCCAACUUCUCGCCGCUGAUGCAGACGCUGCUCGAGGACAAGGACCGGAGCAAGAGCGCGACGAAGGAGAAGUUCACGCGCUUCUUUGACACGCUCGAGGAGGUCGCGGAGCGGCACCGGCUCGCGCGCGUGCUGCAGGACGACCGUGAGAGCAGGGAGACGAUCAAGGAGGAGGCCGUCAAGCUCGUCGUGCCAUCGCUGCAGCGGUUCACUCAGAGGCAAGGAAAGGAGUUCAGCAAAAAUCCUCAGAAGUACAUCAAGAUGUCUGCCGAAGAGGUCGAAAACCUCAUUCGUAGCUUUUACACGAGCGGAGACGGUGGCAGCAGGCAGCUGCCUGUCGCGGAGCAGGCACAGAAUAAUCUGCUCAUCCAAGCAGGAUGGAGUCGUUAA